CCCUGUUAAUUUACUCUUUUAUUUUAUAUUCUUUUUAUAUACAUUUAUAUAUUUCUCUCCUCCCCUCUCUCUUAUACACCAAGAAAAUCAAAUGUACGCCAACGUCCUUGCUCGUUCUGCCCUCAGAUCCCGCGUCGCCUCUCGUCAGGUCAUGCGCUCUGACUUGUACCAUUUCUCCAACAGCAAUGGCCAGAACCUUCCUUUUGAUACCACAAACAAGGCUGCUCUUGCUCUUAAGAUGACCUUGUACCUUGGUGUUGGUUUCGGUGCUCCCUUUAUCGCUGCUGCCUGGCAAUUCCACAAGGCCGGUUAAAUUAGAUCUUCACGCCAGCCUUUAUAUAUUGUAAAAAUGAAACUUUUGUCUCGUUUUGUUUUUGACUCUUGAUCUUCAUUAUCCGAAAAUAUAUCAAUGUCGAAUUUCAAAAAAAAAAAUCAAAUUUUGAAGAGAAUAUGGGAUAACAGGCACGGCAUGAGCGCACAUAAGUAUACCGAUUAUCAAAGAAGAGAGAGAGAGAGAGAGCGAAAUAGGGAGAGAAUGGGCAUUUUGACUUUUCGUUUUGUCAAGAUAUAAAGAUAUACAACCUACCUACAAAUACAAUUUCAGGAUAUAACCU